AAGAGGAGGGGGCAAGGCGCGCGCAGGACAACGAGUGCAGCGAACGGGAGAGGGCAGGCGUCAGUAGCCCAGUGUGCGAUCGAGGGGGGAAUCGAGAGGGCGAAAACGGGUUGUGGACACAAUGGAUCCUCAAACUGACGUACUGUAGGUAACGGCAGGACGAGCCUUUGAUGAACGCAGGAAAUAAGACGGAGAAGCAAGGGGGGGCUAUGACGUUUCAGCUCAGCCAAAGCAACGUGUGAUCAACCAUGAUGAAAACAGAACCCCCCUCCGCGGCUAGCGCCACCUCUAGCACCUCACUCCGGAGCGCCUCCCCGCACAGGAAUGCCUAUGAGGCGGGCAUGCAAGCGCUCAAGCAGGCCACCGACACCCUGAACAGCGCCGCAAACGGGCAGAACACCAAGGACGGCAAAGCACGUCCCACAGGCAGAGGCCGCCGUUAUGGCUCCAAUGUUUAUCGCAUCAAGAACAUGUUCAUGCAAAUGGAGACCACCCCGGGAAAGGACGACCAGGACCCGGACCAGGACCAGGACCCGGACCAGGACCAGGACCAGGACCCAUCCAGAAUAAGCGACCAGGUGCGCCUGUCCAUCCUGCGAGCCAGCAGUCUGACUGAUAACAUGGACCAUGGUGCCCUGGGGUUCAAGGUUGGCUCCGCUGUCACAGAUCGGGUGAGCCGCUUUGAUGGCAAGGCAGAUGGGAGCACCCCCCUCGGAGCCCCCGCUGGGUACUCCAAGCUGCAGGAGAUGCGGAAGAUCUUUGAGCAACGCACCCAACAGGAGAAGCAGGCGGCCACCAACCGGAUCCUGCUGAAGAAAGAGCGUGCCUCUGGCUUUCAGGAUGGGCGCCUGGACGUUGUGGUGCGCUUCAACGGCAGCACAGAGUCCCUGGACAGCCUGGAGCCGACGACGGCUGGGGGUCCAACUGAGGCUGUGUCACCAACAGUCAGCCAGCUAAGUGCUGUGUUUGAGAAAGCCGAGAUCCGCAACAACGUCCAUCGACCCGCCUCCACCUCCGCCUCUCCGCUGUCCUCGCGAGGGGUCAGCCCCAUCCCAAGCAAACCGCCGCCCCCUCCACCUCCUAGUUCCAAAAUUGCUGCCAAGAAGGUGCGGAUACUCCCCCCACAAGAUGUGCAGCAGGAAGAAGGGGGUCCUCCAGGGAAGGGGCAGGAGGCUGCACCAGGGAGUCCCAGAAACAAAGCCCGAACCCAAGCAGAGAGGGUUAGCUUGAAGGGCCCUCAGAUGGGAGACAAGGCUCCAACAACCCACAGCUUUGCCAAAACAGAGCUGCACAGAGACGCCCAGGACCGACCUGCACAGGAGGUGGGUGCCCGAGCUGCAGAGCCUGAAAAGCUGCUCAAAUCCGAGGAGGACGCAGAUACCGUGGAGGCAGGGAGUAGACUGGUCCAAGCUGAGGUUCACGCUUCUUUAGAGAAUGGUGAGGCCCUUGGGGGCCCCCAGGUGAGGGUCACUGAGGAUGGAGCGGAGAGGCCAGGGACAGGACUGAUGGGGGAGGAGGACGAGAUCGAGGAGGAGUCCCGGAAGGAGGAUUACUCAGAGGGCGACCUAGUGGACAUCAGUGCCUACAGUGGUGUCGGGGAUGACUCAGGAGGCAGCCAGCUGGACGAGGAUGAGGAGGUGGACGAAGACGAGCCCUAUGAGCCUGAGUCCAGCAGCUCUGAGAUCCCUGGCCUGCCCGCCGAGGACGAAGCACCAGCUAACCGCAAGAUAUGCUUCAGCGUCGGACCAAUCACGGUGAGUUUACACACCAGCUGUAUUUACUAUAGCGUUGUCAGCUGUACAUCAAAUAAACGAAGAGUCAGAAACAGUCAGUGCAGUUCGAUAAGAUUUUAUGUGUUUUACUUGGGAGGUGAUAUAUGUGGCAGUGGUUACUAUUGUCGGUUAAGCCUACUGCUCACUGUUAAAGGCAUCUGACAGUUGUGAUUCUGCAUACACUGCAUAGCAGUCCUGCUAGCAUCAAAUGGAGGUCGUGGAGGGGUCAGAAAAGACUUUUGACCGAUGUGAAAUCAAAGCAGGUAGAUAAGCAGGUGGGAUCUUAGAUAGAUGAUGCCUCUGGACCAAAUCUGGCCCUGAUAUGGCAUGAUCCAGCUUGGGUUGCCAUCUUAAACGUGAUCUGUACAUAAUCUGUACAGAUAGUAGAUCUGGAGAGGAAAAAAAACAGCGCUGCAGGUUUCUCACUUUUCCAUGAUGGCACAGAAUGGGUGUGUUUAAGGGUUGAGCUGUCAUCAGCAUUCAUAAGUGGUUGUGUGCGCCAGCUGGUACUAAAUAGUUGAGUAUCUUUGCUUGGCUUGGUCUCUAUGGACAGCAGCAGGAAUCUAUUUUAAUUAUUUACAUGUUUCUUUGCAUUUUUACUAAAGGGAAACAUGAAUUUUCUCCAAAUGCCUCUGACACUCGUAAUCGCUCGCAAUUUCUCACAUGACAAGCUUCCACAAACAGGACAGUGCUAGUUCAUCACUAUGGUUACUCAACCCUUAAGCCAGUGUCUCCUUCUGGGUGGCGAACAUGUGAUGCAUACACCAGUGGCUCUGAAUGUGACGAUUCAGUGCAUGACUAAUUCUUAUACGUGCCACUGCUUACACAUUUAUAGUGAGAUGUUCUUUAUCUGUUGAUGGCAUUGCAACAAACUGAAGGCAGCUAAAAAUGAUGUCUGUGAUUCGUCAUACCUAUAGGAUCUCAGUCAGUCAGCUUUGAUCUCCUCUGUGAAACACUGUGUAAAGGAACAGUGCCCAAUGAUGAGUGCAUCCGGUCUAUUUUAAAAAGGCAACGGUGUCAAUAACAAUGACUUUUAGCCGUUCUCAUAUGUCGGUCAAGUUGCUGUGAUCUCGCCGACCCAACUGGUCCCUGUAGUUUAUGACUCUGACCACGCGGUCUGAUGUGCUCUCAGAAGACUGCUGGCCGCCUGACCGAGCAGUUUGCAGCAGCAGGGAAGCAGUGGCUUGUGAAACUUGCUGUGACACGUCAUGAUUUCGCUGUCACUGAGAGGCUCUUGCCUUCAGUGUCCCUGCCUUGGCAGCAGUUUGGUGACCGUAAAGCUGUUGAGUAAGAGGUCUGAUAAAUAGCCCUUUGGUUUUUUUUCGUCUUUUUUAGCUACCCACAGUAAGUUCCAGUUACUUAUGUAAUCAUAGCUGCUCCACCUGUGAGUAACUCGCUUCAACAGAUUUGGGCUGAGAACAAAAUAGAUGUAGGCGAUGAGAGUUAGCAGAGCUGAGAAUUUUCAACAGCUCGCAGAGUGAUUUGAAAUGACCCCAAACAUUAUUUUCACUCCUCUGUUGUAAUGCAUUUUGGUCUGCUAGUACCACCAUGUGCUGUACUUUGCAUAUCGCAUAUGCAUACUCCUGAAAAUGGAGAAAGCUGAUCCAUGAUUUUCAGGGACGUGUUGAGAUACCUCUCUAGAUGUUUGCUGGAUCUUAAGUGGACCGAGGUCCAGAGCCGGGCCAGAUCUGUUCCAACCCAGUGGGCAUUUUCAUGGAUUCUGCUACAUUAAGGUAGACAGUUGUACUGAAGCAGUUUGGGGCGACCUUGCAUUGUAUCAGCUAGCAUCCUUUUUGCUGUCCUACCUCAUCCUCUUUUGUAAGUAAUACAGUUCCCUGUGAUAGUAGCGCAUAUGCACCGUUCACCCUUCUAUGCCUCCUAAUAUAACAGAGGAAGAUAAAACAGUACUGCGACUACAGGUCACUCGUUCCACUCCAAAAAAGUAAGAGAGAGAGAUGAAGGAAGGGGCAUGAGGGAGACAAGCACUGGCAUUGUGUCUGAGUCACUGGGCUGUCUCCUCUAAAGGCCCUCUUAAGUCUUUGAGGCUUUUGACCAGUGCUGCCCUGGCCCGUCGGCUGCCGCUGCUGCUUGUUUGGUUGUUCCUCCGCCCUUUUGAGUCCAUGAAUGGAGGCUGUGUUCAGCUGGGGGAAUCAGGGAAAAUAAUGUGCAUGAAUUUAAAUGAAUUGUAAUGGUCAAAAGAAGAAAAAAAAGGGAAUUCCAAUGAGAAGCUGCAUUGUGAGAGAAGCGGUGACAAGUGUAAUUAUGGCUGGAUGGAGUCGGACGGAGAGGAGAAAGAGAGAGAUUUACACAUAUUCAUUAGGGCAGAUGCUUUUAUCCAAAGCGACUUACACUACAGUACAGAUAUAACUUUUCGUCAGUGUGGGUGUUCCCUGGGUGUCGGAACACAUGAUCUUGGUGUUGUUAGCACCUUGCUCUACCAGGUAAGCAACAGGAAAAGUAGAUGAUGGGUGAAGAUCAAGCACUGUAGAAAGGAUCCUAAAGGAGCCGGAUCCACACCAGGCCGAAGCCGGAUCUUACACAGAUUUAGCUGCCAUGUAGGGAGACUUGGCCGCAAAGAGAGGACCAAUGCUGUGUGAUAAGUUACUUUUACCUUGUCACAUCUUUGUGGCUUCUGUUUUCUCUGCGGCGCAUCAGGAAAUAUGCGUUGCCCAGUUUAUACUUGGUCUCAGAGCACGACCCAAGUAGCCAUCUGCCAACCAGGAUGUUAUUCUGUCCUUGUGCUUUGACACAAACACAGGUCGCUAAAUGUAGACUAAAUGUUCUUCCCCUUUAACCAAAACACACAGCAUUUUUCUCCCUAUUUUAUAUGUGUAUGAGUUUGUCAUUCUCAAAUGUGAGAAGAAACUCAAUCAGGGUUGCAUUCCCAAAAGCAUCGUUCAACAACCAUGGUUAACUGAUAGAGAGACUACAUUUGAAGACUCUCUCUCAUAGUUAGCACACUCAAAUAUGCUUUUGACAAACUCCGUCCAGAGCAAGAGCAAGACCAAGAGGCCAAUCGAAAAGAGGUCUCACUGUGCCCUUUCCUCACAUAACAUUUGUAUGUUCCCCUACCCAUGCUGUGGCUCAUCAGUCAGUACUGUUUGAGUAUGUGGUUUUAGAAUAGCGUCAUUAGCCUCAGGUCUGUCAUUAGCCUACUUGUCGUGUAUUUCGUCUGUGGGUAGCAUUCCCUCUGGCUUCUCCAGUUGGUCCGACUGGUUUAGAGACUCUCUCUCACGCUUUGGGAUAGAUACAGACAGACGUCUUACCUUGCCUCUUGUGUGUGAUCCUCUACGCUCCAGCUUCUGAAGUUAUGCCUGGAUAGACCAGAGUCCUGUGAGGUGUGUGCAGAAACCACUUACUAAAAAUGCAUACAAAAAAUGUUUGCAUAUAAAUAAUAUAUUCUCGAUAAUGUUAAUGUAUCUAUUGUAUAGACUGCAAGACAUAAUAAAGCACUUCAAAAUGUAUUUAGUGUAAUACAUUUUGUCAACAUAUAUUACCUAAUGUAUGUUAAUAUGGGAUUUCAUAAGCACCUACUGGCAGACAUGUAUACCUUAAAGAGGUAGUGCACCCUUAAAUGUGUUUUUUGAGUUGCAAAGUAAAUUAUCUUGAAACACAUCAAUGCUCGUCUUAAUAUUGUCAAAAUUGGCAUUAGAUGAGUUGAAAAUGACUCAACACGCCAUGUAUUAUUUUAAAUAAUCCAAGAGCAAUGCUGACGUUGAUUCUACCAGUUGGUACAAAUCUGCAUCAUGAUACACAUACAUGGGAAUGGAGUAAACUCUCAGCCCCUCGCCCGCCAUUUAGCAGUGGGUGUUGCUAGGCUCAGAGCUGGGGGGGAACUUACACUUUAAGUAGCCUUACAUGGUUUCAAUACGCAUUGGCUUUGAAUGAAAGAGCCUGCAAAAUGAGUAAAAGUAAAUGACUUGGCAAGGGGUUUAGCCGAGGCUAACAUAAGAGUUUGUGCUGCACACACAGAGAUCCCUCACUUAGACAGUAGUGAUCAGUCUGCUAGUGCUGCUUGAGUGGGAAGAGAAAGUAGGUUGGCCCAGGUGCUAAAAUCAAUACUGGCUACACCAGUGAAAUAUUCAUCUAUCUCAGUUUCUUCAGCAAGACAUUUAGUAUGUGUACAUGUUUGUAGAUGCGGUAGUCACAGUGCCUGGGGUAGUCAGUUAACAUAAUGGAUAGCUUUGAUGUUACUCAGUCAUGUCCCUGUUUUAUCAUGUGGCAGUUUUAAACGUUGUUGCAUUUACAGUGAUGACUCAGUCUUCUUGGUACAAAUUUCAGUCAAACUAUGUUGUUUAUUUAAAUGUAUGUGGGACUAAUAUAAUUAUCCAAGUCACCCUCUUUGGCUUCCACUCUAGUCAGACCUCACCUCAGGAUUUGAAUGCAGAUGCUCUCGAUUAUAGCUGAGUUUUGACUUGGACUGUGUCGCAUACAGUGAGGCCAGCUUGAGGACGGUUGCUGGCUCAGACCGUUGGCAUAGUAACGUUGCCUCGGGUGACGCACCAUGUUUAAGCUUUGUGACAUCAUCAAGGUUUUUUAACUGGGCUGGUUUGAAUACCAUCAUCAUGAGUAGACAGCAGUAAUGAUGAAGGGUCAGCGUGCUCUCAGUGGUCAGUGUUUCGAUGCCCUCAACACACAUUAUCAUGAUGCACUGGCCUACUGUCUCUGGCUGUCCUCUCCAGUCUUCU